CGUGCCCCCCACAGCACCCGCAGUCCUAGUCAGCCCAGCUGACAGUGCAUGACAGGCUAGCUGGCAGCAAGCAAGGCUUCACGAUGAUCGUGUCAGGUUGAGCUGGUCUUGUGAGCUCGUCAUCGUCGACGAUCACUGACCAAACCUCGCGGGAACAUGGCCGAGAUGUCACUUGGUCCUGCUGAUCCGGCACACGGCUCAAAGGGCGGCUUGCCAGAGCUGAGUGAGUCGGCGCCAGACUCGCCUGCCAUCACCAUAUCGGCAUCCUCUCCGGCUCCGACCCGUAAAGCGGCGCCGAGCAAUGAGGAUGGCCGAACGAGCGUCAACAGCAAUGGGAGCAGCGUCGAGUCCUCCGUUGACUUGCUCAUCAAGAUGCCAUCUACAUCAUCCUCAGCUUCGGCGUCGACCGCUGCUUCUUCAUCGACUUAUACUGCCGCUCGAUCGAGCCUCAUGUCUGCUGAAGACCAGGCUGACGCAAGACCGCAUGGGAAAGCCAAGGCAACCAAUCAGGACUCGUCCAUCUCCGAGCUGGAGAUCUUACAGCCCGCAACGGAGACGCCCAGUCCGAAUAGCUCGAGUUCGAGCUUCCCGAUGACAAGGCGCCUACUGCGUAAAGCCUCAAACAGCUUGCUCUUUGGCGGACAGGUCAAUUCUCUUUCGCCAAGUCCACCGACUCGCAACAGCACCCUCAUGCCCGAUCAAGCGAUCAGGCCAGGCGAAGAUGCAGAGUCCAAUGAGCUCACUCCUACACCGUCUCUCAACGGUCACGCUGCUCACCAUCCGGCGCGUACUCUGGACAUACCCCAGGCCACGAACGACCGACUGAGCCAGUCCUUGCAACAUUCCGCCUCGCCUCCCCAGCGUACAGUAGCCCAAAUCAAUGGCACCAGUACAGGCAUAUCCAAACACAUGAGCGGCUGGUUCAAUAUGCUCCGGCCCUCACUAUCUGCCGUCAACAUUUCAUCUCUCGCUAGUCUCUCGAGCCAGGGCGCUCCUGUAGAAUGCCAAGCAGAACCUCGCAUCAAUACAUCGCCUCCGGCUCCAGCAGUGAGAGCUUCGGCAGACACGCGGCCUUUCUCGCGUCGUCAGUCGUCUGCUCGAAGAAGAGACUCGUCAGACGCCGUGAUGGUCUCCUCGUCGGUGCCAACCAUAUCGUCACCGCCAUUACAGGCGUCUACGUCGAGCGUACCUGCAGCGGCAAGACAGCUCAUUCCCAGUGCAGGCGGGCUCGACAGGAUGUUCGAUCGAGCUCUGCAGUAUUUCCUCGAUACCGAUUCAAACAUUGACAAGUGCGAAGACGAUAUCUGGCUCAUGGGCGUCAGACACCAAGGCUACCGGCUCGUCGCAGAGUCAAGUCCGAACAGUAGACUUCUGCAAAGGCGCGACAGUGCAGCAACCGACGUUACUGCUACGACUGAUGCGGGUAGUGCGACGGCCGAUGCCCGACUCGAAUCGCGGUUGCCCAAGAAGCGUAAGGAGAGACGGAAGACAACCAGAAGGAGCAAGGCUGGAUCAAUAGGUACUGCAGACGACCAUCCGCGCAAUUCGCCCAAGCUUGGCAAGGUUGGGCUGCUUUCGCCAACGUUCAGUACGCUUGCUCUACCUUUCAGGUCCAACUCUACUGUCAGUGUCGCUGCCAAAUCAAGCGUGCGAGACAGUCGGCAAGAAUCAGUCUCGCCGAGGAUCUCAGAAGCGUCACUUCCGUCCAAUUCUGCUAGCUCCUCACAAGGCUCCUCCUCGCCCGUCUUGUCAAGACAUGCGGCAAAUGUGCAAGGAUGGCCACCGACGUUCUAUGAGGACUUUACAUCGCGUAUUCAACUCACUUAUCGAGCUGGGUUUCCUCCGAUACCUACUACAGUAUCGAACGGACCCGCAACAACGGCAUUCAAUGCCGUGUUGAGUAGCCUGACCGGCAGAAGCCCCUUGCAGGCCAACGAUGGCCUGUCAACCGAUGCGGGCUGGGGCUGCAUGCUCAGGACCGGUCAGAGCUUGCUCGCUAAUGCGCUCGCCUUUGUACAUCUCGGUCGAGAUUGGCGCAGGACAUGCUCCUCUUCCGACGAAUCGCCUGAUAUCCCAGAAGAGUCAAGAUCGCUCGAGCACUUUGAGACGUAUGCUCGGCUUCUUACAUGGUUUCUCGACGAUCCUUCACCUCUGUGCCCUUUCUCUGUGCAUCGCUUUGCUGUCGUUGGCAAGGAGCAAGGCGGCAAGGAGAUUGGUGAAUGGUUUGGGCCGAGCACAGCAGCAGGCGCGAUCAAACAUCUCGCCAGCAAUUUUGCGCCUGCCAAUUUAGGCGUAGCAGUAUCAGUUGACGGCACGGUGUAUCGCUCAGACGUUCAAGCUGCAGCCAAUCCACCCUUCUCGGAGCCUGCCACCGCAGGGCGGCAAGAUCCUGCGCCGUCCGUUCGCACUAGCUGGCAGAGGCCUGUUCUCAUCCUCAUCAAUGCUCGCUUAGGCCUUGACAAAGUCAAUCCGCUCUACUACGAGAGCAUCAAGGCUGCUCUAUCGUUCCCUCAAUCGGUCGGCAUCUCCGGCGGCAGGCCAAGCUCCUCGUACUACUUUGUGGGUGUCCAGCAGAACUCAGUCUACUAUAUCGAUCCACAUCAUACAAAGCCUGCCAUCCCCUUCCGACAGCCGCCUCCAGAUAUCGCAGCUCUGGCGGCAGAGCUGCCUCUAGACAUUCACUCGCCGCUCAAUGCAUGGCAAAGAUCGCUCGGCGAUAGUCUGCCUCCUACGCCUGGCGCCGAGCCGCCUGCUCCAGACGAGUGUGACGACGCCACUCGACUGCGCGCAUGGUUCGCCAACGAGUAUGACGAGACUUGCUUUGGGUCCUUCCACUGCGAUCGCGUGCGCAAGAUGCCCUUGUCGGGUCUCGAUCCCAGUAUGCUCAUCGGCUUUCUCUGUCGUGAUGAGGCAGAUUGGGACGAUCUCCAGAGCCGGGCAGGCGAACACAAGAGCAUCUUCCAUAUUGCCGAACAAAUGCCAGCUUGGCUGCGGUCAUCCGCAGGCUCGCUCACGGACGACAGCGGCAAGCUGUCUGCUAGCCCUUCUGGCCUCGAGAGUCUUUCGGAGCCAGAAGGCUGGGAUGAUGCUUCUAAUGCUGUGCCGCGGGAAACCGUCGAGGCAGAGUGGAUGGCCCAACAAGUCUCACCGAGCAAAGGUCGCACGCGCGCGGGCAGCGUCGUGCAAGACGAGGCAUGGCACCCUCAGUCGGAAUCGCCAACGAGGACGCCCUUGCAGCACAGUGAGACUGUCCGCCCCUCGAACGAUAGCAUGCUGGGCACCAUCAGAUCUGCCAGCACGACUCAUGCCGAUCUGUCCUCACAUGCCGACGAGACGGUCACUGCUGACGAUACGAGCUUGGAAAUUGUCAGUUCCGCUUCGCCGGAGCGAGGCGUACCCCAUCGGACAUUGUCCGCCGAGAGAGCGUCUGCAGAAGAUCUACGCGAGGACUGGGUGGAGACGGACCAUCCUGGCCUGUCUGCACGACAGGGCAAGCCACCCUUGCGAUCGCUAUUACACGAACGCAAGGCGGCGCUGCAGGAACGCAAAGCGCGACGAGAUGCGAAACGCGAGUCGAGGCGGUUACGCAAGGCCGAACGGCAUAGCAAGCGGUACUCGCAUAGCAACAAGGGCGAAUUAGUGACUGGGACCGAUGCCAGCGCGGCCAGCUCGUCCUCUGCAGCGGCGAGCUCAGACACGGAUGGAUCGCUGCUCGAAGACGGAGAUGAGGAGCUGGACGACUUUGUGUUGACUGCGAGUACAUAGCUAUGUGUAUUCAAUGUUGUGUGAUGCAAUGGAUCAUGUUGUGUUUGU